AUGACUAGCACUGAACUUGUAACUCUCUCAGAACAGGUAGUCAAAGAAUCAAUUCCAGCCUGUAAGUUAAUUACCUCUGGUAACAAAUUAUCUGCUAGGACAUCAUCAAUAAAAUCGUCUAUGGUAGAUAAACAAACUUUAGCUUCUGAGAAUAUAGAGACAGAGUGUCAAAAAAUUUCUUAUAAUCAAAAAAUAAAGCAAGAUUUGAGACGGGAGCUAUCCUCUACUGAAGUUGAUGAUGGUAAGAUUAAUAAGGUAUUUGAUAUUCAGAUUUCUAAAUUCUCUUUAGAAGCAAUUCUGAUGGGAUAUAGUAAAGUUACAGCAUAG